CGUGGUCAGUGUUGACGGUUGAUUGAAUACUGUUCGAGCGAUGUCAUGGCAUGUUUCGCUUGGGUGACAGUGUAUUAUCUCAGACAUAGCUAGGUCAUUCUCUAGGACCCCACGUGCAGUAACAACGUAUACAUCCACCGGAGCUACAAAAACUCAAUAUACCAAUAGUGACGGCAAAUGUGAAUAAAAGGAUUGCGUCUUUGACAUCGCUUUGUACAGUUUAGGAUCAGAACUUAGAGGGCGAUGAAGAAUUGCAAAUGUGUAUCCCUGUUAGCUGCUGUCUCUAUAACACUCCUGUGGAUGCCAUAUAAUACACGCUUUGGUUUCCCAGGCACUGUGAUUGUCAGAUCUCUGAUAUCACGCAGCAUAGGUGAAAAUGAUGCUCGAGUUAGGACACAACAGCCGCAGUUUGUCUACCUCGUCCAAGGCGCAUCAAGACACCCUAUUCCCAAUCUCAACGACACGCCGAAUAGAGAAAUUAUAUGGUUGACCUACAGAGACAAAACGGGCGACAUCUACUUUCCGAAGAGCACUCACGCCACAGGUCGUAACCGGCUGCUUUGGGAAGCAAUUGAACGUGCAUCUAAGAGGAAUGACGGUGGCUACUUGUACUACUUAUUUCUGGACGAUGAUUUGUUGCUCAGUAAUGAGAAUGAUUCGAAGCGCUGGUGGCGAGAAGAUUUACCAAGCAACCCUUUUGAUCGAUUUGAACUCUUUUUACUCGAUUUCCAACCGGCAGUUGGGUUUACGAGAUUUGAAUUUUACAUCCAUGAUUCUCCAACCCCAGUGGGGGUGAAAUACCAGGUCGAUGCUAUUUUCAACGGGUUCCACCGCCACACAAUUUCCUUCAUGUUGCCCUACAUAAGCGAUUUAGAUCACAUAUCAUGGUGGUUUGCUCAGUGGUUUGUCAUUCACAUAUCUGCGAUGUUUUAUAAUUCAAAUCGUGUCCUUUGCAACGCAGUUUAUGCAAAUAACUCAAGAUAUCACGGGGACAAUAAGUUGAAGGGGGCCUACACCGAUUCUGGCGAUUUCCGUAUACCGCGUGAUUAUUUUCGAACAUGGAUAGACAAGAACAACAAAGUUAAAACCGCCAACGGGGAAAAUAUUAACUUGCUUCGGACCUUUAAGAGACAGGCUUUGUAUUUGAACAUUCCAGGAAAUGCCAGCAGAAAAAACAGUAUGGAAUACAGGGUUUCUACAAAGUUUAUAACCACUGCAUUCGAUAAGUCCAACCCGGGCAUUCAAAAGAUUUUGCGCUGGAGAAAUUUACCAAAAGUAAGGAAUAUACUGUAUGGGAGUGAGAAGGAUGAACCUGACUUCUUUCCAGAUGUUUUCCCCUUGCACUAAUCCCCUUCUUACCUCGUGUUCUUCGUAUUGUACAAGGAAAACAGUUAGUAGUCACAUUCAAUGCUAGACCCAGGGUUUUUCUCUAAGGGGCGGGGUGGGGGGUUAAAGAAUGGAAAAAUUUCUUGUUUCAGAAAUAUCAAAAAUCAUUCAAAAAUGAUGAUAAUAACCAGGGAUGGAAAUGGUGAUUCGCACAGUCUAGUAAAGAUGACUGGUGAAUUUUACCUAAUGCGGUGAAAAUUAAUUUUGAACACGAAAACAUGUUUAUAAUAUGCUCUCAACGGUUUUUGGACAAGAUAUACCUUGGUGCUUUAGGGAAAACCGCUGUAAUUUUCAGGGUGCAUUUAUGUAUUAAUUCAGGCCCGUAGCCGGGGGAGGGGGGGGGGGGUUCGAAAGAGCCGCCCCUU